AUGGAAUCCCACCGCAGACCGAGUCAACUUGCAGGGGAUCCAAUCACCACAGCUUCUCAACACGGCCAGUCUCGACCUUCAAUCUCUGGUACAGCCUCGCCUCGUUCAGUCACCUGUCGAGCAUCGUCGGUCCAGCAUCUGCUCGAUGCUGUUCAGGACGAGUCGAUCUCGCAAACCCCAAGUAGACUUGUGAAAACACCACUUCCAGAUGGCUCUGCAUCAGGACGCCUCUUCCACCCCGAGGCUUCGCUUGUUCUGGUUGGAAUCAGAGCCUCUGGAAAGCGAUCCUUGGGUCUCAUUGCGGCCACUGCUCUCGGACGGCGAUUCGUCACCGAAGACCAUUAUUUCCAGACCGUCAACGGGGUUUCGAGACAAGACUACCUCAAAAUCCACGGUAGUGAGCAGUUCCAUCGGCAGGACAUUGAGACUUCUAAGCGAAUGCUGGAGGACAAUAAGUACCGAUGCGUAAUUGACUGUGGCCUCGGCAGCCUCACAAGCGGACUCCAGGACUACUUGAAACGCUUCAGCCAGACCAACCCAGUGGUCUUCGUGCUCAGGGAUAUGGAUCAGAUCAAGGCAAUUCUCAACCUGGACGAUCGGGCUGCCAAGUUGCUUGAGCAUGGUAACUUGACCCAUCGGAAAUGCUCGAAUUUCGAGUUUUAUAACCUGGAAGAUGAUUCUAUGCACGGCUCUGCCGAUGUUGAGAUGGCAGACCGCGCGUCUCCCAACUACUCCUUCAAACUCAGAAACGCCCAGGCCGAUUUUUCGUCUUUUGUUCGUUUCAUCACCGGUUCCUCCUUGGGUGACCCGACCUUGGUAUCUCCUUUCUGCCUGGAUGGUCCCGUGGAACUGCGGCCCUACACUCAUGCACUUCUCAUAAGAGCCUCAGACUUCGCCGACGGACGAGUGGAUUUUGGCGCCCUUGAAGCCGGCGGCGAUAUCUUGGAGAUAUAUGUUGACCAGUGGUGUUCGGGCAUGACAAGAGUGCUGAGCAAGAUGGUGGCGACCGCGAGGAGAGCGUUGGACAUACCUAUUCUCAUGUCAGCCAGUCGCAACCUAUCUAACUCCCAGGCCACGGAGACGUAUGUGGCGGUUCUAUUGCACGGACUUCGAUUAGGAGUACAGUACAUCUCUGUUGAUCUUGACCUGGAUCCCAGCCAGAUUGAACGUCUUAGAGUCAUCAAGGGCUACACCAAACUAGUUGGCAACUACAUCCACUACGUCUCCAAUGGAAAUGGCUGGAAGGACACGGCAUUGAGGAACAUGUACAACAGAGCACUUGAUUCCAAGUUUGAUAUGGUCCGUAUUCUCAAGGUUCCGACAUCUCGCGAGGAGAACGACGCGGCGAGAUGGUUCGCCCAACAACUGAAAGACCUUCCCGGACCUCGACUUAUUGCAAUAGUCUACAAUGUCGGAUUCCUGGGUCGGACAUCACAAAUCAUGAACCCUGUACUCACAACGGUGACUCAUCCCAGUCUGCCCGAAACUGAAGCGAACCGUGUUCACAUCUUCUGGCCUUUGCUGUCUUCCAAGCAGAUGAUCAGCGCUCUAUUCGAUAGUUACGUCUUCGAUUCUCUUCAAUUCUAUAUCGUCGGAGCCAACGUCUCGGGAUCUUUGUCACCGGCAAUGCACAAUGCAGCCUAUAAUCUCCUUGGCCUGAAACAUCGAUACAGCACGAGACAUAUUACGACUUGGACGGAUAUCGAAGUGCUUGCAAAGGAUGACACCUUGGGCGGCUUGAGUGUGGUGCAACCCUACAAAGUCAGGCUUGUUACUCAAAUGCAGGCGCUCAGCGGACACGCCAAAGCUAUAGGAGCCGUGAACACACUGAUUCCUCUCCGCCAACACGCUGCGGGUCUCACACCUUCGCUGGGCAUACAAGCCCAGCUGAGGAAUCGCGCGGGGAAAAUCAUCGGCUGGUUCGGGGAGAAUACUGAUUUUAUAGGCAUCAUGAACUGUGUCAGUAGAAGCCUCUCCCCACGCAAUGCAAUCCAGCCCAAGACCACCAGCCUCGUGAUUGGUGCUGGAGGCAUGGCCAGAGCUGCGGUAUACGCUAUGUUGCAGAUAGGCUGCAAGCACAUAUUUGUAUACAACAGAACCGUCUCAAAUACCCGAGCUCUGGCUCGCCACUUUAAUGGCUGGGCACAAUCUCAGAAAAACGUAACGAUCGCGGAACCAGUCAAAGUCAUCGAGCACACCACAGACCCCUGGCCUGCAGAUUUCGCACCUCCGACGAUUGUGGUGUCAUGUGUCACGCGAGAGCUCCUCGAUGGUAAUCCAGGCGCGGACCUCGAGAUGCCAGAACAGUGGAUGCAAUCACCAAGUGGUGGGGUCGUUGUUGAAAUGGCAUACAUGACAAAAGAGACACCACUGAUCAGGCAGAUCAAAUUAUUUCGAGAGCUGACACAGAGACCAUGGGUUGUGGUUGACGGGAUCGAAGCCCUGAUUGAGCAAGCAGUCGGCCAGUUCGAAUCAAUGACUGGAAGGAAAGCGCCAAAGCGAUGUAUGGUAGAAGCCGCCCAUGCGUCAAUUCGCAAGAACGCCUCCUAUGUGGUUGAUGGAGAAGAGUUCUUUACAUGA